UAGUAUAACUAGGAAUAGUUAUCAUCCCUAAAUAUGGGCAUGCAAUUAGCAUUAUUGUGUCUGGUGAUACUCAAGAUAACUUCAGCAUUUGCAACCACACUGAACGAAGCCUAUGGUGGUGAUACUGGCUGUCCAUUAGGGACUGACAUAUACCAAUACACUUGCCCCGAAGCAGAGGCCAUAAUCUUCUCUUGGGUGGAACAGGCAGUCUCUGAAGACUCAAGAAUGGCAGCAUCACUGCUCAGGCUACAUUUUCACGAUUGCUUUGUCAAUGGUUGUGAUGCUUCGGUCUUGCUGGAUGACACACAGGACUUUGUUGGUGAGAAGACUGCAGCUCCUAACUUGAAUUCACUCAGAGGAUUUGAAGUAAUCGACCAAAUCAAAUCUGAACUAGAACUAGUAUGUCCACAAACUGUCUCUUGUGCCGACAUACUGGCUACUGUUGCUCGAGAUUCAGUUGUUCUGUCAGGAGGCCCAAUUUGGGAGGUACAGAUGGGAAGGAAAGACGGUAUGACUGCAAGCAAGCAAGCAGCAAAUAAUAACAUCCCAGCCCCAAACUCAACUGUCGAUGUGCUCGUAACUAAGUUCGAGAAUGUAGGCCUUACACUAAAAGACAUGGUUGCCCUCUCAGGUGCGCACACAAUAGGAAAAGCCCGCUGCACAACAUUCAGCUCUCGUUUACAGAGUAGCAGCAUCUCGAAUAGUCCAUAUGAUAAUAUUGAUUUCAUUGCAUCAUUGCAACAGUUGUGCUCAGGGUCGAAUAAUAACAACAGAGUUGCAAAUCUUGAUCUGGACACACCAGCCACGUUUGACAACCAAUACUACGUAAAUCUUCUUUCUGGGGAGGGAUUGCUUCCAUCCGACCAGACGCUAGUGAGUGGGAAUGAUCAGACACGACAGAUUGUCCAAACCUACGUGGAAGACCCAUUCACUUUCUUCGAGAACUUCAAGUAUUCAAUGUUAAAAAUGGGAAACUUAGGAUCACUUACUCCAGCUAACGGCGAGAUUCGUAGAGACUGCCGAACUAUUAACAAAUUUUAG